GCGUUCGGGCACCGACGACGGCCGACGGGCCACGAGCGCUUCCACAGCCCGCAGAGACGACCGCCGGUUCAGUUGCUUUCAGGAGCGCGAAGGGCAAGUUGCUACUUAGAGCCCUCGUCGACUAUUGACCGCGUGCUUUAAUCAAAUAUAAACAAAUAUUGCUGCUUUCUACACACAUCGCUUGUGAUUGUGCCGGUUUUGACCGCCUGUGAUUGCUUGUUUGUGGGAUAUUUCGUGGGGUUUGGGCACUUCUCUCGCCCGCCACCAAGCCAAACUAGACUGAGUGCCAUGGUCUGACGACGAAACGACCGCACGAUUCCUACGAUUUAUUUCGGAGAGUAUUUUACCCUGACUUUGUCAGUUCAACAAAAAAUCGGAUUCUUAGAACGACUCCAGCCAGAUGCAAACAAGGUAGGAACUUGUCCUUUUCCUUACUUUGACUGGAGCACGUAGAUAAAACGAUCAGUGCACGUCUAUGACUUCUUCGGUUAAGGGUGGGCGGUCGAUUCAGUUGCACAGACGGUGGUAGCGUGAAUAUUCGUGGAUAGAUUCUUGUGAUAAACAGUGAGCGCUUCUGAAGGCGCUAUUACCGUCAAACUGGCAGCCAGUGCACUAGCCGCUAUGAACCCUCACUACCACCCUUACGGAGGCGCAGAACUGACGUCUCCGCACCCUCCGUCGCCGGAUAACAACAACUACCACACUCAUCCCGGACCUGGGGGACCUCAGAUACGCAUGCACCAGUCCAACGGACACGGAAUAGGUCCUCUAGGUCACCCGAGCGGUCCUCACGACGGCCACCCGCACAACCACCACUCCCACCCCGCGUUCGGAGGCCCCCAGUCGGAAGGCCCUCACCACCAGCACCACAAUCCGAGCAUCAACAAUAACAAUAAUAACGGCACGGUGAAAGUAUGUGCAGGGUGCGGUGGUAAAAUAGUGGAACGUUUUCUUCUGCACGCGUUAGAUCGCUAUUGGCACAAUAGCUGUUUGAAGUGUUCGUGUUGCGCGGCUAUGUUAGCAGACAUCGGGACAUCGUGCUUCACAAAAGGUGGAAUGAUCCUCUGCAAACAGGACUAUACGAGGUUGUUUGGAAACUCAGGAGCGUGUUCGGCGUGUGGUCAAAUGAUCCCAGCUAGUGAAUUCGUCAUGAGAUCUGGAGGACCAUCACCGCAGCAACCUGGAGCCCCCCUGCACGUUUUCCACCUGAAAUGUUUUGUGUGUAGCAAAUGUGGCGCCCCCCUCGUGCAAGGCGACCGCUACUACAUGCUUUCAGGAAGUCUCGUUUGUGAACAGGACUGGCACAAAUUACUUAAAAGUUCAGCAGCCACACCUACGGUGCGCAAAGGAAAAGUCGGAAGGCCUCGUCGGAGCCGUGACUGAAUAGAACCUUACCUUCACGGGGUCCCAGGUUUGACGCCUCAGCAUACAUCGAUAACACCGGGACACCCCUACCUCCUCCAGAACAGUUUCCUGCCACUGGCUAUGAUGAAUGAAGUCAGGUUUUCCUACGGACAACGAAGCUUCUCCUUGUACAGUGAUAACCACGAGUGAUCGGUUGCAAGUCUCUUCUGUAAAAUAGCGCGUGACAGUCGGACUUCCAGCGAAGCAGUGUACAAAUAUUGUUAGAAAAUCUAGUGUUACUUGAACUUUGUUAUACAAGGAUUGGUUAAGUCUCAAGCCAUCUGUAUGACGUAGCUAAUGGGACUCAAUUCAGUGUACUUAACAUGUUGAAGUUUGUUGUAGAGCGCGAAUGCGAGCGCCGUGUCAACUACUUUUUUAUUGUGUAAAUAAUUUUAACAUAAGGAUUGCAAUAAGGCGCUGAUAUUACACGGGAAAUAAUGGAAAAAUGUAAAUGAUAUUUAUGUACAUCACGUCGACGGAUUUCACUUCGAAGGAGGAGAGGUCCAGAGUUUUCCGCAAUCUUGCCCCGAUCUGAAACUUUGUGAUUAUAUUGUAUAAAUUAUUGUAUUAUGGUUUUAUUUCUCGUUGCUCUUGUUGUUACUAGUUAAUAUUUUUAAUUAUUCCUAAUUGAUAUUUGUUUUAUUUUAUGCACCCGAAGAGAACUGUCGGUUACUUUAUGCAGACAUUGUUGUUUUUUUCAUUUGAAAAUUUCUUGUUAAAAGUACUGAAGGAAAACUCCUCCGCUCAUACAAUGUUUACUUCGUUAAAACUUAAAAUUGUGUGCAAUAAACCAAAACUCCUGCCCCAAACACUCAGUCACAUCUGUAAUAAACUUCAUCAUUCUCACCUUGUUUCACUUUUAAUAAAGGUCAUACACUGAAAUGAUUUGCUCAAAUAUUUCUAUAUCAAAGUUUUGUUUCAUUCUGUGUGCAUUCCACAAUAAAACGAAUUUAAUUCA